UGGAUGGCCAAUAUAGCAGCAGGGCGAAGCCGCCAUCAUCUCUUUUCUUCCCCGAUCCUUCUUCCUCUAUCGCUCGCUCGCUCUCUUUCGGCUCCUCUCUCUUGCUUCGCGAUCGGUGGGACGGUGGCAGAGGCAGCGGUGGAAGUUUCGGUGGCCGGUGCUGGUCGAUUCGUCCGCUCCUUGCAUAGACGAUGUUGGAUUUUAGGAAGUGGGUCUCCAACCAAAUUAUAUCUAAUAACUUGCUAUCCGCAAGGCCUUUCAGAUUCUUUGUGGAUGACAUAACAAAUGAAGAAGCUAGCAGUCGAGAAGACACGGGAAGUACGUCUGGAACCAGAUUAGCUAGGGAUUCCCAAUCCCACCAUAUUCCAGCAACUGAAAUUCCAGCUAGUCAACAUCUCAUUACUGCUGAGUCUUCUCAAGCAGGACAAGGAUACCAUGAUUGGAAUGCCGAUCAAUUGAGUAAAGUCGAGGAACUUCAGAUCAAGUUCUUACGUAUUGUCCAUAGAAUGGGAAUGACGCCAGAAAGCAUUAUAGUUUCACAAGUUCUAUACAGAUUGCAAAUUUCUAGCUUGAUUCGAGCUGGUGACUCGGAUGUCAAGAGGCCAGUUUUUAAGGUUAAUAAAGCCUGGCUAGCUGCUUCACAACUUGAAGCAGCUGGUAGACCUGAUCUGGAUUUCUCACUCAGGAUUCUUGUUUUGGGGAAAACAGGUGUAGGUAAAAGUUCAACGAUAAACUCUAUUCUUGGGCAACAGAUGUUAGCUACCAAUGCAUUCCAACCUGCCACUAAUCAUAUUCAGGAAAUUGUUGGGACUGUCAAAGGCAUUAAUGUUACAGUAAUUGACACACCUGGUCUUUCAGCAUCUUGCAGUAAUAUGCAUCAGAACAGAAAGUUGCUGCACUCCAUCAAAAGAUUCGUUCGGAAAUCCCAACCAGAUGUUGUGUUGUAUAUUGACCGGCUUGAUGUCAUGAACAGGGGAUAUAGUGAUUACCCACUGCUUAAGCUUAUAACUGAUGUUUUUGGUUCUUCAAUCUGGUUUAACACCGUCCUGGUCAUGACACAUUCCUCAUCACACCCUCCUGAAGGACCCUCGGGCUUGCCUGUCGCUUAUGAUUCUUUUGUGCAUAAGUGCACGAAGAUCAUUCAGCAUUAUGUACGUCAGGCUGUUUCAAAUGCACAAUUCGAAACUCCUGCCGUGCUUGUAGAGAACCAUCCGAUGUGCAGAACUAAUACUAAAGGUGAGAAGGUUCUACCAAAUGGCCAGGUGUGGUUACAUCAGUUCUUGCUGUUAUGUGCUGCAACCAAGGUCUUGGCAGAUGCUAAUCUGCUACUGAAAUUUCAGGACAGCUUCCAACUAACACCUAAUAGCAGUCGGCCACCUUCAUUGCCUCAUAUCCUAUCGUCUUUACUUCGUCCCCGUUCUUUACCCACUGCCAAUGACAUUGAUAAUGAUGAUGCAGAUGGGGUUUUGGACAAUGACGAGGAUGAGGAUGAUUAUGAUAACUUGCCUCCAUUUCGUAUAUUAACAAAAGCCCAAUUCCAAAAACUAUCCAAAGUCCAGAGAAAUGCUUAUCUUGAUGAGUUAGAUUAUCGGGAAACCUUGUAUCUAAAGAAGCAGUGGAAGGAAGAACUCAGAAGGCAAAGAGAAACAAUGCUUCACCAUAAUAAUGACUCAACAAGUAAUGAUGGCAACGAGGAUAUAGCUUCCCAAGAGGUUAUGCAAGUAUCGGAUCUAGUUAUCCCACUAAAUUUUGAUGCUGAUUACCCUGUCCACAGAUUCCGCUGUGUAUUAGGUCAUGAUCAGUGGACUGUGAGACCGGUUUUAGAUUCUCAUGGAUGGGAUCAUGAUGUUGGGUUUGAUGGAAUCAAUUUGGAAGGUUCUCAAGAGAUAAGAAGAAACCUCCAAGCAUCGCUUUUUGCACAAAUGAGAAAGGAUAAAGAAGAUUUCAGUAUUCAAUCUGAGUGCAUCGCUGGUUUUACUGAUCCAAAACGCUACUCUCUGCUUACAGAAGUCGAUCUCCAAACUGCUGCCAAUGAUUUGGUUUGUACUGUUCAUGGCGAUGCCAAGUUCCGAAACUUCAAGCUUAACACUACUGGAGGUGGUCUGUCUGUCACGAAGUAUGGGAAUAUGUAUUUCAUUGGAGGUAAGCUAGAGAAUACACUUAUCAUCGGAAGGAGAAGUAAAAUAGCUGCAAAUGCUGGACAAAUCCAGGGUUGUGGUCAAGUGGCUUCAGGCGCCAGCAUAGAAGCGACUUUAAGGGGAAAAGAUUACCCAAUCAAAGAUGAUAAGGUGACUCUUGGUGCUUCUAUCCUUUCCUUCAACAAGGAUGUGGUUCUGGGUGGAAGUGUUCAGACUGAUUUCAAGGCAACCCGCACCAUAAAGAUGUCGAUCAACGCAAACCUGAACAACCAAGGGUUAGGUCAAAUAAGCAUCAAGACUAGCACUUCAGAACAUAUUGAGAUUGCGCUAGUCGCAAUCUUUUCGCUAGUUAAAGCUCUGUUCCAGAGAAAAAGGACUGAUGUUUCAGUCGACCAGAAGAAUAGUUUGGGUUAUUGAUUUGUAGGAAGAGAAGGAGCAUUGACAGACAUAUUUUGGGGAUGCUGCCCUAUCUCUUACUGUCGAUAUAGCUUAACCAACUCAAUUCAAUGCACCGAGAGAUUCGAGAAUGGGUGAUCUUGACACAACUUGUUUUGGAAUUCAAAUACAGUGGAGGUAUGUAAAAAGGACCUAAAAGUGUUCUAGCCUCAAAUAAGAUUGAUAUUGAGCAGAAUUUUCUAAUUCAGGUUAUGCUCUUUACAGAUAACUUUUUUUUAGCAUUUACUUCAAUAAUAUGGAAAUGUACAAUCAAUUUUCUCGAGUAGUAGAUAUACUUUCUAAUUA